AUGUAUACAACAGCAGCCGAACAGGCCAUGGCUAGUUCUGCAAAGAGUGCCAGUGAGAAAAAAUCUGGAGGAAAGGCCACACCUUCCCACUUCCUGUUCCAGCUGGCGGCAGCUUUGGACAACCCAACUAUCAAGUCACUAGAGUGGCAUGAAGAUGGGAAAGGCAUUCUCCUCCACAUGAAGCUGUAUGAGGAAGAAAUUCAGAAGCACCAAGAACUGUUUCCAGAACUCAAGAAUCUGAAAUCAGUUUCUGUGCUCCAGGCCUGGCUGGCAACCUAUGGCUUUAAAGCAAGAACAAUAAAAACUGAAUCUGACAUACUUACUUUCCAGCAUGCAGACUUCAAGAAGCUCACUCCCAGGACAGAGGAAGCAGAGGGCCCCAAAGCUGAAGUUUCCUUCAUGCCAAAGCAGCCCAAGAAAUCCAAGAAAAGAAAAAGCAGCCUUGAUAUCCCAGCGGCCCCAUCUGCCAUUCCAGGAGGUGCCCUGUCUCCAGAGUCUGCAGGUUUAGACAGAAAGUCCCAGCGUCUGCGCCCUUUAUACCAAUAUAUCAACUAUGACAACCCGGAGAUGAACAAUCCAUCAGACAAGGAAUGUGACCUGCUCCAGUGUGAAGCUCCUUCAACCCUCGAGAACAAGACAGGCCUCUUAGAACUGAAAAUAACACCCAUAGUUGUAGAAGACAAAGGCAAAGAACUGAGAAGUCCAACAAGCACCACUUCAGGAGCUGUAGCAAAAGCAGAGGUCGACAAGUCUACACAGGUGGACAUUGACAAGAUGCUCAGUGUAUGUGCAGCUCACCUAGUCCCACCACUGUCACCACAGCACAAGUAACAACAUGUCACAGGAUUCUUAGCUGUGCCCUGAAGAGGUAAGACCAGUAGGACUGGCUUGCUCCUCAAAUUUGUAUGAAGCACAGAAACAGAUGUUUUCCUAGAUGCUCCUUUUAUUCCACCUGUGUGUAUUUCUCAACUACUGUUCAUUAUAUUCAGGUGUCGGUUGUUCACAUUCAUCUCAUUUGCUUGUAAAGGGAAAUUAGAUGCUGGCACAUGUAGACACAAAAUACUUCCAGCAAAAUAAAACUAGUUUCUCAGUUGUUCUAAAGAAAACCCAACAAACAGUUCAUUGUUCUCAAAGCAUCCAG